AUGACUGCCCAACAAAAGAAAAGAUGCGAACAGUUUGUCAGUAUCUUUGAGAACGACUCGAUUGACAUACAGUACGACUACGUGGAGAACAUACACGACGGCCGCGGAUAUACGUGCGGUAAGUUUGGCUUCACUACUGCUACCGGUGACGCAUACGAAUUGGUUCAAACAUAUACCAGCCGUAAAUCGGAUAACCCAUUGGCUAAGUAUUUGCCAGAAUUGAAACGUUUGGCCCGACUUUUCAGUAACGACACGUCACACUUAGACGGCUUUCCCGAAGCUUGGCAUCAGGCGGUCAAAGAUUCACAGUUUAUCAGAGCACAGGACGAUGUCAGCGCACGGCUUACAUAUCUACCUGCUAUGAAAUGGGCUGCCAGUGCUAAAAUAACCAGUGCCCUGGGUAAAUGUACAUUAUACGAUUGCAUCAUUGAGCAUGGUGAUGGCGAUGAUGGCGAUUCAUUGGGCGCCAUAUUUAAUCGGACAAUAGCUUUGCGUAAGGGUGUGGUCAAGGAUGCCGAUGAUGAACAGUACUGGAUUAGGGCGUUCCUCGAUAUGAGACUCGACGACUUUGAUCAUCCGCACGACAAGAUUAAUAUCGAUCACCAAAAGGGUUGGCACGACGACUCUGUUCAGAGGGUGUACGCCAUGCAGACACUCCUUAAUCAAUAUAAUAUGGAUCUAAACGGACCAAUUCAUGUCAAGACUAAAGAUCACAAUCAUGUCAUACCAUAA